AUGUUGAUAACAGACACUUCUGUCAAUCUCACUUCUCCGGAUGAUGGCGACAAUACUUGGGUUGCAUAUCAGAAUCGGUUGGAUGGAAACCUGUCCUUUCCGGAGGAAGCUAACGCUAUUGAUUGGUCUUAUGGGCCCAUAACUUCCACCGGAUAUUUUGACUGCGAUACCUUUGAUUUUGGCGUUGACCAAUCUGUCAUGGGCAUCUACCUUGGGGCUAUCACCGGCAAUUUAAAGGACGGCGUGGCUAUCAGCAUCGAUCUGUUCCAAGCGAAAGGAGAUAUCAGGUACUACCUCAAAAACGGAGAGGAGGUAUGGAUACGUUUGAAUGUAUCGAUAAAAUUCGACGGCCAUUUCAAGGGAGAUUAUAAGUUGCCGCUCUAUCAGCAAUAA